CAAACACUCGUAAUUCUCUUGAGAUCUUUCAUCAGCUGGAGAACUCACUGAUUCACAGAGAUAUACUGCGUUUAUUUCUUUGGGAUUAAGCGGAUAUCCAAUGGAGGGUUAAAAGCAUUCGGCUGAUCAUGAAAUCUGCUUUAAAAAUGUGCAGAAUUAUGCUGUGGGAUGACGGAUAAUCAACCUAGAGAAAAUAUUAAUAUGGCCUUAAGUGAACCUGAUAAUUAUCAAUCUAAUGAGGAACCUCAGCCUGGUGACCUCAUCGAGAUCUUCAGACCGGCCUAUCAGCACUGGGCUCUUUACCUGGGCGAUGGAUACAUCAUCAACCUCACACCUGUGGAUGAGAGUCCAGCGGCGGCCGUGUCCAGUGUGAAGUCUGUGUUCAGUCGGAAGGCCGUGGUGCGCAUGCAGCUCUUGAAGGAGGUUGUGGGAGGAGACACUUACAGAAUCAACAAUAAAUAUGACGAUAAUCACACGCCGCUGCCCGUCUCUGAGAUCAUUCAACGAGCUCAGCUCCUCAUUGGACAGGAGGUGUCAUAUGACCUAUUGGGCAGUAACUGUGAACACUUUGUCACUCUACUUCGCUACGGGGAAGGGGUGUCAGAACAGGCGUCUCGGGCGAUAGGAGCCAUCAGUUUGGUGACGGCGGCAGCGAGUGCCUGCUCAGUACUGGGACUCAUCAACACUCGCUCCAGAAACAAACCCUUCUAGAUCAUCUGAAGCCCUGAUUCCAUUGGAAGAUAUAUGCAUUAUUUUUGGAGAUUUGUUCUUUUAAAUACCGAGACUGUAGAUAGAGUUUCAUUCAUAAGAAAUAAAUCUGAUGUAGGUAAUGUUUUACCAAUUAUGGGUAUAGUGAAUGAGCCCGUUUCCUCUAUAAACACAGUUGUAUUUGGUUAUUAAAGCAGUUUCAGAGCUAUUCAGAAGUUUGGUAGUAAUAAAGUAGGU